AUGGUAUCAGAUGUAAAAGAAGUUCCUGAGGCCUUGCUCUUCUCGGUCCUCAAGGAAACCCAUGCCAGGAUCACCUACAUCCAGGUGGUGAUGGUGUUACAGGAACUCAAAACCAUGGGCAACACUAGCUGUUCCACCUGCUGCCCAGUACCCUGUGUGGCUCUGCUGUGCCAGUCUGUGUACGGUGAGGCUGCCUCUUGCCACCCAGCCUGUGGAACCACCAGCUGCUGCCCCUCCUGCUGCAUGCCCUGCCCCUGCCAGUCAGCCUGCUGUGUGCCUGUAAGCUGCCAGUCUGGUGUGUGCCUGUGCCCCUGCCCCAUCCUUAUCUGCCCACCUGUCACCUGUACCAGUCUUGGGUGCUGCUGA